UCUCUACUGUUUGUGUUUUCUACAACAAGAUCAAGUGAUCGAUUUAUCAAUUAUUUCGAGUAACGCUCGCUUACCCACGCUAAUUUUUAUGCGUCUUAAUCGACAAUUGUGUGUAUAGAAAUAUUUACAGAUUUUUAUUAAAAAUCGUUUUUUUCAAAACGCAAAAUUUCUCUAUAAAUACACAGUUUACCAGAUUAAUAUGCCGAAAAAGGGGAAGAAACGGUUGACCCAACGAAAGGGGACCUGUAUAAGGGGCCAGCCAACAAGAUCUGUCUCCGAGGAGAUGGCUGAAGGUACAAAUAGUAGUUUUUCUGUGGAAUUGCCUCCUCCUCUUAUUGUGCCUUCUGCAGAGGCAGCCGUAACGGUUCAUGGAGAUAUACCUCACGCGGUUGAAAUACAACAGCAUAUAGUUCAACCAGUAGCUGCCGUACAGGAUAAAAACUCCACAAUAAAUAGAGUGCCAAGAGAUUCUUCCACAGAGGAUUUAGUGAAAGCUGCACCUUCUACUUCCUUAGGUAAUUAUUACAAGUCUAUUUUUGAAUUUAAUUAA